CAAACCAGAGUCCUCUUGCUUAGCAUCUCUUGGCUGCAGACGUCGCACGACUUCCCCUGAGCGUGUCAUUCCCAAUCUAAUCUCCGCCUCCCCUUAGGUUUGCGGCUGAUGGAAGGAAACGAGAACUUGCGUGAUUACGAAGUUGGCACUCUGCCCACUGUUCUCUACAUACCCAACUUCAUCACAGAUAAUGAAGUGAAUUUUCUUCUCAAUAAUGUAUCCGGAGCUCCCCCGUCAAAGUGGAAGUCAUUAAAGAAUAGAAGGCUGCAGAAUUGGGGUGGUGUGGUGCAUGAGAAGGGGCUUCUACCCCAAGCUUUGCCUCCAUGGUUAACAAACCUCACCCAAAAAAUAUAUGAACAAUCAGGACUAUUCCCAUCAGCCAUCAAUCAUGUUCUCAUCAAUGAAUAUCUACCUAACCAAGGCAUAAUGCCGCACCAGGAUGGGCCUGCCUAUUUCCCUGUUGUAGCAAUUCUUUCUGGAUCUCCUGCUGUCAUGGACUUCACUCCCCAUUCCAGAUUGGAACUUGAUUCACAUGACGCUAUUGAUACUAAUAAUGAUGAUGGAACUAUGCAGAUUGAGAAAAGUAAAUGGCUUGAUGAUCACCACCCAUUUUCUGUCCUGUUGAUGCCUCGCAGUCUUCUGAUAUUCAAGGAUCAAGCAUAUUCAGAUUACUUGCAUGGUAUAAAAGAUACUGAAGUACAUUGCUAUGAUGGGGCUGUAAAUGAAGCUCAGGCUUUGAAACACAAUGAAUUAGAUCAAUCCCUUCCAAGCUCAGAGGAAGCAGUGGAAACAAUGGAAAGAAAGGAGUAUAAGAAUGUACAUAGGACGUCCAGUAGAAUUUCACUGACUUGUAGGUUGGUACCAAAAGUUCACAAAAAUUUGUUUAGAUUUUGAAGCAACCACCUUCCGCGUGAGAAUAUGCCAUAGUAAUGUCACUUUGUACAGCGUCUAUAUCUUACUUUGGUAACAUGUGAACCACCCCCCCCCCCAA